AUGGUGGACUACUACGAAGCGCUGGGGGUGAGCCGCAAUGCCACCGCCGAGGACAUCAAGAAGGCGUACAGGAAGGCUGCGCUGAAAUGGCACCCGGAUAAAAACCCAGACAACAAGGAAUAUGCUGAGCAGAGGUUCAAGGAGAUCGCCGAGGCGUAUGAAGUGCUGUCAGACAAGCAGAAGCGCGAUGUCUACGACUGUUACGGCAAGGACGGACUCAUGGGGGCAGGAGCGGGGGGCUCCAGGGCCGAUGCCGGGGCCCCCGAAUUCACCUUCACCUUCCGCAGUGCUCACGACGUCUUCCGGGAGUUCUUCGGCGGGCGAGACCCCUUCGCCGACUUCUUUGAUGACAUGCUGCCCUUCUCUGAGCUGCGAGGACCUGGUCCACGGCACCACGGGGGAGGCCACUUCUUUUCCCCCUUCCCAGGAUCCUCAGAUUUCUUCGCCUCGUCCUUCAGCUCCGGCGCUGACGCAGGGCUGGGCUUCCGCUCCGUCUCCACCUCCACCACCUUCGUUAACGGCAGGCGCAUCACCACCAAGCGGAUUAUUGAAAACGGGCGGGAGCGGGUGGAAGUGGAGGAGGACGGGGAGCUGAAGUCGAUCCACAUCGAUGGCGUCCCUGACGACAUGGCGCUGGGGCUGGAGCUGAGCCGGCGGGAGCAACAAGCCUUCCCCAGCCCGCGGCCUCCGCCGGCCCCGGGCCCCCGGCCUCCCCGAGAGGGGGCCCGCGGGGCACCCCCGAGCAGGUGGGCCCGGCCCGGGCCCCCUGCCGGCACCGGGGGGCAGCCCCGGCACCCCGUCCUCUGCCCGUAG